AGGCUCGGGCAACAAAGGUAGCACUGUGCUGUGUACCCAAGCCAUGGCGAAGAAGCUCAAGGCUCCCGUGGCAGUCAAGAGAGCCACGAAGUUGAGCAAGCAGACGUUGCGAUCAGCGCUUGUCUCGGGCCUCAAAGAAAAGUCAGGGCGGAAAGACCUGAAAUUCACAGCCGCUCCGGAAGUGGCCGGCAGGGCUGUUGGCAUUGUGCCAAUUGAGAAGAGAGCAGGAUAUCCUCUUUGCCUGCCCGAUGGCGCUGUGGAUCCCAAAGAUUGGAAAACCAAAGAUGGCGUCAAAGUUGAAGUGGACUUUGCUCGCGUGCAUUGGCUUCCUGAUGAAUGGGGACAGGGUGUGAAAACGACAUGCCCCACAGCUCGAAGCACCGGUGGUGGUGGUGGCACACUCACGGCUUUUGUUAGCCCCGACAUGACUGUCUACUAUCACAAGUGCAAGGUGGAAGAGUAUGUGGGCCGGCCAUUGACCGAACGAGAUGGCUUCAACGGGCAGGUUCGUUUGGCGCAGCUUCAGGCAGAGCAAGCUAUCAACUUGGCGAGGAUGCAAAUCAAAGAGAUGAAGGAAGGCAGCAGUUCGAAGGGCACACAUCGGAUGAUCGGCACGGAUCGUGAUGCUGAUUUUUUCAAGCUGCUGUCCCAGGCAGAGCGGAGGCACCUACCUGCAAAGGAAGACUUCCACUUCUGCGUGGUGUCUGCCCGCCGGGCAACGAAGCUUGAAGGUGUCAGAGACAUCUUCACGGUGCAGACGCAGCUGGUGGAGGCUGGAGUCAAGCCCACAUGGUACGUGGACGAAGAGAGCUUGGCUCAGUACAAGGCUCUUGGCCUCCACGCAGUGGUGGGCGGGAAGCUCACCCAAGCGAGAAACAAGGCCUUGGAAGAUGCCAAAAGCAGUGGCAAGAUUUGCGUUCAGCUCUCAGACGACAUCUCGGCUUGGGAGUACCGCCAUGGGGAGCGAGCUAGCGAGAAGAAUGACAAAGCAGCGAAUGCGGCGCACGCAGCGGCUCGCCGAUUCAUAGUGACGCCCGUGGCUGCGGCUCGCUUCAUUGCUGCCAAGAUGAGGGCUUCCGCAGAGAAGCCAAAACUUGGAGGCGUCUACAUGCUUGGAAGCUGUGCUCGCGCUUUUUCAGGCGAGGAGUUUGGCCGCCAGCACUUCAUUUUGGGCGACUUCUUAGUUGUGGACAAGGACUCCCCGGUGAUGUUUGACGCGAACAUGACAUUGAAGGAAGACUAUGAUUUCACUUGCGCUCACAUCAAGGCCCACGGCUCCGUUUUGCGCUGCAAUCGCAUGACUCUGUCAGUUAAGCACUACAGCAACAGUGGCGGAGCCGUCAGCACAAGAGACAAAAAAGGAGAGGAGGAGAAGCGCAACAUCGCCAUCUUGUUCAGGAAGUGGCCAGGUGCCUUCCGGAUGAACCCGAAGCGCAAGAAUGAGGUCAUCAUGAGGUGGAAAAGCUGCAGCGAUGAUGAUGAUGUCGAGAGCGAGCGGAUUACAAGCACGGAGACAGGCCGGGCCAUUGAGAAGCAGAACCAGGAUCGAACCCGGAAAGUUCGGAAGACCAUCAAGAAGGCAACCAGAGGUGGUGCAUGACGCACUUCUGAUGGAGGAGUGCCUGACCGGAGAGUUGGCCUGAGGACUCUUUGGUUUCAGUUGGCUGCAAGGGAUAACAGCCAUGGGGUGUGGGGUUGCUGGCCUUUGGGGCAAUGGGGGAAACCAGCAACACGAGAUUAGCAACUUUGACGUUGCGCUGGCAGAUGGGGACAA